CUCAGAUAGACGGACGGUAUUUGCACGCUUGCUUCAAUUUACCAUUCGUGAUUUGACGACUUCUUUGAGACGAUCGGGAAGCCGCGACGGCUCAUGGACGGGGCACUCUCGACUCUCCGUCGCUGUCAACUGCGACACGACUCGCCAGCCGCCUGAUGUGCGCAAGAAAGGCCACAAUCGAUACACAAAUCGUUCGUGCGCUCGACUGAUCUUGUCUCACCCUCAACUGACUCGCGCUGGCAGACCUGCAUGAUACCUCUGGCGCUAGGCUGGUUGGGAAAUUGGCUUCACGAUUGCGACUUGCCGGAAAUCUCUGGCAUCAUUACGACCAUCAACGACCACCAUCAAUCCAUAUAUCGAAAUCAACAUGUCCAAUCCCAGAGGACCAUCGGUGCGUGUGCGCCGGCGGUCGACGGUCAGCUCUCCGUCAAGCCCUUCGCCCGCUCCCAACGCUGCUGUGGAACAGCGACGAGCCCAUGCUGACGACCUGCUGAAUCGCGAAGCUGGGCAUGCACAUGGGCCUCUGCAUCACGCCAUCCACAACAAGCAUCCCGAUCGAGAUCACCGCAGGCAUGGCAUCGUAGAAGGCAUCGCAUCCAGACACCGGGCCAUCGCGGAGCGCCGCGCCGAAGAACGACGUGUACGCCGACUCAAUAGGUUCGCUGCAAUCGGUAAUGAGCUGCAAGAAAUACGCGAAGCUCAAGAAGACGGUAGAGGCAAUGUCGAUGAGGAUUCGCUCAAAGAGAGCGCAUCGCGCAAAAGGAUUGCGUCUCGAUGGCCAUUCGGGCGAAGUGGACACCGCCAAGAGGCAUCGCAAAGGCCCACAGGGCGCACCAAAGAGGCGAAGCGCUCAACAGAGGCCCUUACCGCUUCCUUGCGACGAGGACCCACGCGCAACAGCACGCGAGCUUCUGAGCUUGAGGACGAGCACAGCUGGGAAGCUGUAGAGGUCUUGGACGUCAUCGACCCCCGCGUUGGCACAGUUGCCGUGCUCUCCGACAUCACGCGGAGCAUCUUUGUGCCUGCUGCUCUCGCUGGCUCCGAGCCUAUCGUCGACCUUCCAAGCCCCGAAGAGCGACUCGCUGACGAUGUCGAAGGCCAGCUGGAGGGUGGCGGCGCGGUCACACGUGCGCGGACACGGAAGCACGUCGACAGUGCGGAUGAGUCGGCAGCGCUCCUCGAUUCUCACGUCGAGCAUCUGCUCACAAAGAGACAGCAGCGCAUUGCGCUUCUCAAGAAGGUGCUCUCGGGUGUUUGGACAUUCAUGAAGACCCCACUUGGCAUCAUCGUAUCCAUCUACGGCUUUCUUGUUGUAUUCACUGGAGCUGCUCUGGUCAUCUGCCUGUUUGGGUGGGUGCCUGGAAACAAAGACCUUCAGGUUGAGGCUUUCAGUCAAGCGAUCAACGGGUUGUUCACCAUCACCGGUGUCGGCCUCAUCCCUUGGCGCGUACGCGAUACAUACCGGAUGUCGCGAAUCUGCCACUAUCGCAACCUCACCUGGCGCUUAAGGCGAGAGCGAGGUCUUCCUCCCCUCAAGAACCGCGAAGAUCUGGCAGAAGAAAGGCUGGAACAGAAGUAUGAAAAGGAGCCAAGCUCACCUACUGCUGCGGGAGAGGGACAAGCUGGAAAUGCGCAAGAUCAGCUGUCCACGCUCCCGUCCAUCGAUCACGAUGCUGAGCAUGUGCUCAAGCCGCGACAAGCAGAGAGAAUGAUGGAGCUGCAGAGCAGAUUUGCAGCAUCGGCAACUUGGUACCGGUACACCGAGACCAGUACCCAUACCGCAUUUCCGAUCAGCAUGGCUGUGGCCAUCACAGCCCUCAACGUCGGCAACAGCAUCUUUCAAUGCUGUCUGUGCGCGGCCAUGUGGGGUUAUGCUGGUCCUGAAAAGUACCACGAUCGCCCAGCUUGGAUGACAGCGCUUGGUAUUGUCCUGUCUUUUAGCUGCGGCAUCGCCGCUGCGGUUCUCAUCGCUGUAGGAGGCAAGCAAACGAAGAAGACGAAAGAGGUGGAAGAGCGUUUGAAGGCUGCAUUUGCUAGGGAUGCGGAUGAGACCGUUCCGAGAGGAAAGGAGGACGUCAAUGCAAGCGAGGACAGUCAGGCGGGCGAGGCACAUCGAAGCUCGACUGACGAAGCAACCGAGCUGGCACAGCAGCAAAAGGCAUGAUCCUUGGCCAGACAGCAAUCGCGCCCGCAUGCAUCCACUUGCCAGAGCGUCACUGUACACGAUAGCUGCCUGCACACGAUAUCUACGUUCUACAUGUUGUAAUUCGUACUCGUACCCAAAUAGACGUCAUCCAACG